GUGAUACGAGAAGCAAUGAGCAGAGCCGAAGCACACAAAGAACAUUAAGCAUUGGCACGGAAUAGGCUAAUAGUGAUGGACUGUUAAAAGACAAAAUGCCUGAUACUUAUGAAGCUGCUGAAUCUACUGGAACAGAUGGAGAGCGAGUGGAGAUGAUGGGGAAUAUCUAUGAGAGUGCAGAUUGUGUAAAAGAUCUUGAUUUUAAAACAAGCAAGCAACAACCCCUUCAGCAAACAGGUAGUGAUUGUGUGAAGAAUAGAUACUCAAGAGCAUCUCUAGUGCGUUUGGUGCUGCUGUGUUUUCUUCUGAUGACUGCAGUCAUAAUGUUAAGUGUCUACAUCUAUACAAACAGCACAAACUUUACCAACCUCACAGAAGAGAGAGACCAGCUACUAAUCAACAUAACCAUCCUCACAGAAGAGAAAGCCAAGCUACUAACCACACUAACCAACCUCAAAGAAGAGAAAGAUCAGCAACUUAAAAUGAUGACAAUAGAGAAAAAUCAAUUAGUGAACCAGAACAAAAACCUUUUAAAUGAAGUCAAGCAAUUCUUGUCCAAGAAUGAGGAUCUAGUGAAACAAACAGCGCAGUUACAGAAGGAGAAAAAUGACCUGGAGAAGCAUCUUCGUGAACAGGAUAGCUGGUUUUACUACCAGUCCAAUUUCUACUUCAUUUCCUCUGAGGAGAAGAACUGGAAUGAGAGUAGAAGAUACUGUAGAGACAGAGGAGCAGAUCUGAUCAUCAUAGACAACAGAGAAGAACAAGAUCUUGUUAAAAAAUUGUCUGGGGGUUUUACGGCCUGGAUUGGUCUGACUGACAGUGAAGACAGAUGGAAAUGGGUUGAUGGCACCAACAUGACCACUGGUUUCAGGUUCUGGAAUCAUGGCGAGCCAAAUGGACAAGGAAGAGGGAACUGUGUUGCGUCUCGUUCUUCAGGAUGGGCUGAUUAUCCAUGUUUUUAUCCUUUUCCUUGGAUCUGUGAGAAAAGCACUUUAAAAUGUCAAUAAAUCACAUUUUUGCUUUUUCACGUAAAUACAAUUUCACAAACAUACUGAC